AUGAAAAACAACCCUGACUUAGAGAAAGACUAUAUAUUUAAUAAUUUAGUCAAAAGAGACAAACAAGAAAGAAUGCCGGGCUUCAAACUUCAGAAAGGUGACAAAGUAAAAAUAGAAAUACCUAAACGCGACCCAUAUGAAAAUACUAUUGACUAUGACAACAAUGGGAACCCGACAGGUACUCACAUUCGUGUUCGUAAAAAUAGAAGAAAGUAUACAAGAGAAUAUUAUGAAGUUUUAGGCAAACAUGG